UGUGAGCAGCUGCAAGACCUUGCCGAAGUUGAAGUGCUGCCUGCUUGGGAUUGCAGACGCCAAGUGCAGGAGCUACAGCCUAGCCGCUGAAUAAUAAGCCUGCAUUCUUUCUCCGAGAAGUGGGGAAAUGGGCUUAUUUUUCAAGGCAUCUCCGCCAAGCCAUCAUGAAGUGCAAGACAAAUGGCUAGAGAGGAUGGCACAAAUCCACUAGCAAACAAGGACCUCCUAGUGCUGGGGCUCAGCCGAGCCCCCAGCAGGUCGAAUUCUUUCACAGAUCAGCUCUGCAUUCUGUGACAUCUUGGUCUGUCAAGUACAAUUACUAUAAUCUUCUGCAGCCUUUCAGAAUAAGGACCCCAGCUUAGAAGCCAGGCAUCUACAGGAUGAAAGCUGCCUUUGUGCCUGGGCAGCCCCUGUGUGCAAGUCGGACAUUAGGUAUCCAAAAGUGAGUUCUUUACGUGGCAGGAGAAGAAGUCAAAGGAAAACUUCAAUGCUCAUCUCCUUUAAGAGCCUGCUGAUUUUUGCCUGCAUUGUUCUGUGGAAUAAACUGGAGCUGUCAGGGAGCCAGGAGCCGUGUGUUUGCACAUUCCCUAGUGUUGAAUGCAGCCCAUGCUCUCCACAGAUUGUGUGGACAACACCACAGAACGACACAGAGCCUGUGACUCCCAGCAAGUGCAAGCCAAAAGGACAAUUCGGAGGGACUGCCGGAGAUUUGGGGGAGGCUUCCUGGACACUGACCUUGUACUAUGGGAGCUGCUCACGGGAAAAAGAAAGAAUAUUCUCUUCAGUCCACGUUUCCUCAUGGAAGUGGGAAGCAUGUUAUCAACGGCUCAGCGUCUAUGUAUUCAGAAAUACAGAGGGAGCGACCUGAGGUUAGGAAUUUUAUGUCUCACCCAGACUACAUAGAUGGAAACCCGGAUCUCAUCAAACCUAAGAAGCUCCUAAAUCCUGUAAAAGCCUCAAAAAGCCACCAAGAGCUCCACAGAGAGCUGCUUAUGAACCACAAAAGAGGCCUGGGCGUGGAGAGCAAGCCAGAGCUCCAGCGAGUGCUUGAGCACCGACGGCGAAAUCAGCUGCUCAGGCAGAAAAAGGAAGAAGAAGAGGCAAAGAAAUUGCAGUCUCCAUUUGAACAAGAGCUUCUGAAGCGACAGCAGAGGUUGGAUCAGCUGGAGAGAGGACAAGAGAAGCAUGAAGAACAUGCACCAGAAUUUAUUAAAGUAAAAGAGAACUUAAGAAGAACAUCAACGCUAACUGGGGAAGAGAAAGUAGUGUAGCAUCUGCCAAACCUAAAUGGAGGAUCAUGUCAAGCUGGCGCUAAUACCUACACACUGACAUCUUUGUAUGUGGUGGACAUUUACAGCCAUGUCCUUGGGGCUACUUACUGUUACUAAUGCUUGCUCCAGUAGAAAUGCAUAAAAGGCCUUUCCCGUCCAGGACAGGGUAUUUAAAUGGUAAAGCUGUGGUAUUUACCAGUAGAAGUACACACAUGAGGAGAUGUGAGGCAGACGAUGUCAUUCUCCCCUCAACUUGGGGGUUCAUGCUAACAUCCAUCCCUAUUAACUCUUGGUUAACCCCUUGAGAUACAGCAUAUGCUCAAGACAGAGGCACUUAUGGAAUGACAGUUCUUCAACAGGUUUGGGAGACCCUCCUAAGUAAUCAUACCAGAUGAUCUCAGACCGUGUGGCUGCUGGUACUGAACUCUACAAGACAGCAGCUGUAGCUUGGGAGGGCAUCCUGGAAACCUGCAGGUGACAUCUUAAAGGGAUGAUCCUGCAUAUUGCUGGGAAUGCCCUCGGUGACGCGCAGGGGCCAGCUGGGAGAGCUGUAGGGUGACUGUAAGAUUUCCUCCUUAGAGAAGCUAUGUGUCGUCGCAGUACUCCCCUGUUUAGCUGCUGUGAGAAACUCAAGUCCCAUAUCUGCGUGUUACUGAGUCAGCCUUGCCAAACAGGAUGGGACAGCUCUUUCCUGGUGUCGAUCCUGAAGUUACACUGGAAAUAUGUUAACGAACUAGGAUGUAGCUACAUAGCAGGUAGCACACUGGGCUGCACCACAGAGGCCACCCGGCGUUUAAAGCUAAUGUUAGACACUUAAAGCAAAGACUGGGAGUUCUGAGCAUUAGUGGUAACCAAACUGCACCCUGCGCACCCAGCAGGUCCCUUUGGACCAGAGACGCUCAUACCGAGAGAGUCAGAGUGGCAGACUCAUUGACUCUUCUCUCCAGAUUGGGGUUUGGGUCCCCUCCCACCUGCUAGGCACCUGUUAUUUUAACAGCUCUGGAAAGCGCAUUCCUGGUGCAUUGCUUGAAAGCUGAUGUAGGCAGGGUGGGGGGGUCAGUAUAAAGCCCCUCAGACCUAGCAGCUGCUCGACUUAGUGCUACAGCAUAGCUGGGACCUGAACCAGUUUUUGUGACUGAGGAGCAGAUGCGGAUCACUGCAAAAUACUAGGUCAUGCUCUAUUGUUAGCCUUCUCCCCUGGAGGCCUGUUAACGGGGGAGGAGCCACGCUCAUUUGCCAUGAAUGCAGAGUAUCUUCUAGCGUUCAUGGUGGCAGAGGCCAGCAUGUGUUGCCAUGGAAGGUGGCGCCUUUGCUGUCAGAACUCCUGCACUCCUAACCAAACUUCAGGUCCCCCCGUGCCUGAACUUAGGGGACGUUCCAAUCUGGGGCAAAAUUCUCUGGCUCGGGCCCAUCUUGGCUUCUUAUCAUUCACUGUGUCCCUGAUAAAAUGUGAGAGUAAAAUAACCUGCUGGCUGCCUUUGGAUGCCGACUGUCUAAUGGCAGCAGUCAGUGGAUAUGGCCUGUGACAAAGACAUCAGAUGAUUAAACAAUAUCCACUGUGUGAGCCCCAGCGGAUUCACAUGCAAAGUCAAUGAGUUCUGGGGAUUUACCACAUCUUUCUUAGAAAGUGAAAGCAGCCCCACAAACACAUUGUCUGGUCUCGCCACCUCUGUUAGUUCAAGAGACUGUUGCUUACUCUGGCAGCAAGUGUUUGUUUCCAAAAUCUGUUGCCUCUGGUCAGCAUAGACCCAAUUCAACAGCUCCUCCAUCCUGUCUGCUCAAUGC